AUGCAAGGGGCCCCAGAGCAGCAGGGUUGGGGCCAAGCCAUGAUCUGGGUGUCUUUGGGUGGGGUUCAGGAGCGGGAAAGGGGCGAGGGCCUGGCCCAAGCCCAGAGCUCGGGAUCUCAGGAUGGGGGAGUAAGUGGCGCCCAGUGUGACUCCUACUGCGGUCCCCUCCUAGGGCUCCCACUUCUCUUUUCUCUCCCACCCCCACCUCCUUCUUCCUCCUGGGACAGUGAGGAGAAGCGCAACAGGGCCAUCACGGCCCGGAGACAGCACCUGAAGAGUGUGAUGCUCCAGAUUGCGGCCACAGAGCUGGAGAAAGAGGAAAGCCGCCGAGAAUCUGAGAAGCAAAACUACCUGUCAGAGCACUGCCCACCUCUGCAUAUCCCAGGCUCCAUGUCUGAAGUGCAGGAACUGUGCAAACAACUGCAUUCGAAGAUCGAUGUGGCCGAGGAGGAGAAAUAUGACAUGGAGGUGAAGGUGCAGAAGAGCAGCAAGGAGCUGGAAGAUAUGAACCAGAAGCUAUUUGACCUGAGGGGCAAGUUCAAGAGGCCCCCACUGCGGAGGGUGCGCAUGUCAGCUGAUGCCAUGCUGAAGGCACUGCUGGGCUCCAAGCACAAGGUGUGCAUGGACCUGAGAGCCAACCUGAAGCAGGUCAAGAAGGAAGACACUGAGAAGGAGCGGGAUCUGCGCGACGUGGGUGACUGGAGGAAGAACAUUGAGGAGAAGUCUGGCAUGGAGGGCCGGAAGAAGAUGUUCGAGUCUGAGUCCUAACUGCCCACUGCCCCAAUCCCACCCCACCUCUGGGGGAGCACCCGACAACCAGGCUGGGAGUACUUGGCCUCUCUCCAAUAAAG